AGCGGUCGUGCAGGCUCCGCCAUGAUGAACAGCGGAGGGAUCGGCGUGCCGCUGGGCUUCCCCUUGGGCCCCACGUCUGUCAUCCAGGUCACGAACCUGUCCUCGGCGGUGACCAGCGAGCAGAUGCGGACUCUCUUCGGCUUCCUGGGAGAUAUUGAGGAGCUGCGCCUCUAUCCCCCGGACAACGCACCUCUUGCUUUUUCCUCCAAAGUAUGUUAUAUUAAGUUUCGUGAAGCAUCGAGUGUUGGUGUGGCCCAGCAUCUAACUAACACGGUUUUUAUUGACAGAGCUUUGAUAGUUGUGCCCUGCGCAGAAGGUAAAAUCCCAGAUGAAGCCAAAGCCCUUUCUCUAUUGGCGCCUGCUCCUACUAUGACAAGCCUGAUGCCUGGUGCAGGGUUGCUUCCUAUACCUACGCCAACCCCUUUGACUACACUCGGUGUUUCACUUGGCACUUUGGGGGCUAUACCAGCUGCAGCAUUGGACCCUAACAUUACGGCACUGGGAGAAAUACCACAACCACCAAUUAUGGGGAAUGUGGAUCCAUCCAAAAUUGAUGAAAUCAGGAGAACAGUCUAUGUUGGAAACUUGAAUUCCCAGACUACAACAGCAGAUCAGCUGCUUGAAUUUUUUAAGCAAGUUGGAGAAGUCAAAUUUGUGCGAAUGGCAGGUGAUGAGACACAACCAACACGAUUUGCUUUUGUGGAAUUUGCAGACCAAAAUUCUGUACCUCGAGCUCUUGCCUUUAAUGGAGUUAUGUUUGGAGACAGGCCACUGAAAAUAAAUCACUCCAAUAAUGCAAUAGUGAAACCUCCUGAAAUGACACCACAAGCUGCUGCCAAGGAACUGGAAGAAGUUAUGAAGAGAGUAAGGGAAGCCCAGUCUUUCAUAUCUGCUGCUAUUGAGCCGGAGUCUGGAAAGAGCAGUGAAAGAAAAGGCGGUCGAUCUCGUUCCCAUUCUCGUUCAGAAUCCAGGUCUAGCUCAAAAUCCCGAUCUAGAAGGAAAAGAUCACACUCAAAACACAGAAGUAGAUCUGGCAACAGAUCACUCUCAAGACACAAGGACAGACGCAGAUCCAGAAGUCCCCUGAAAAAACGGUCUAGAUCUAGGGAAAGGCGGAAAUCAAGAAGUCGCUCUCGUUCUCGGGACAAGAAAAGAGACAAAGAAAAGGUCAAGGAAAAAGAAAAGGCCAAAGAAAAGGAGAAAGAGAGAGACCGAGACAAGGAGAAGGAGAGAGACAGAGACAAAGAUCGGGAAAGAGAGCGAGAUAAAGAGAGAAACAGGGAGAAGGACAAGGAGAAGGACAGGGAGAGAGAUAAAGAGCGAAACAAAGAUCGAGAGAGAGUCAGAGACAAAGACAGGGAUAGGGACAGGGACAAGGAUAAGGACAAAGAUAGGGACAGGGACAAGGACAGGGAAAAGGAGAAAGAUAAGGAGAGGGAAAAAGACAGGGAAGAGGUAGACCAGAACAAGGAAAAAGAAGAUAUUGAGAAAGAAGGGGAGAAGGACAGAGAGAAGAUUAAGGACAAGGAGGGAGAUAAGGACAAAGGAGGGGACAGAGACAAAGAAAAGGAAAAAGAUGGUGAUAAGGAGAAAGAGCGAGAAAGAGAAAAAGAGAGAGAUGAUAAGAAGAAGAAAGAGAAGAGAUCCAGAACACCCCCAAGAAGCUAUAGCUCUUCAAGAAGAUCUCGUAGCUCCAGCAGAGAAAGGCGUAAAAGGAAGAGUAGAAGUCCCUCCAAGUCUCCUAAAACAUCCAAAACAACAAAAAGAAAGUCUUCACGAACUCCUUCUCCGAGGAGAAACAAGAAAGAAAAAAAAAGAGAAAGAGAUACAACUAAUGAAAGAAGAGAAAGAGAACGCUCCACUUCCAAGAAAAAAAGUAGUAAAGAAAAAGAGGGAAAGGAGAAAUCUGACAAAAGCACCACUACUUUGAAGGACAAAGAUCACACUAAAGAGGAUCAGAAUUCAGAAACUGACAAGGAAGUAGACAGCAGAGAUACACAAAGGACAGAAGAACUCAAACUACAACAGAAUGGGAACUGUCAACCAAAUGAAGAAAACCUCUCAAUUAAAAUGGAAGAGGUUUAAAGCAAAGAAUGGACCUCUGAUCAACUAAGGAAUGAAAUCCAAAGCUUUUUAUUUUCCAGAAUGAGGAAGAAAAUGUCAAAGCAAUCAACCUGAACGUGUUGAUAGUACUAGUAGCUCUUCCAGUUCUUGUGAUAGCUUUGUUGUCGUCUUGCUGUAAAGCAAGAGAGCACGAACCAGUAGUUAUACCAUGAAAAGGCAGAUGCCAUCAGAACUAUUCAUCUCUGAAAAUCCAUGCAUUUCCAUGAUGGCUGUACUUAUUUGUGAAAUGAUUUAUGUUCAGUUUUGCCAUACGCUGUUACAAAUAAGUAGAAACUGAAAGAUGUAAACCUGUACUACCCAAAAAAAGCUGAAGAUAUGCAUUGAAGGUUGUUUUGAAAUACUGCUUGUUGAUGAAUUUUGUGUUGUUUUACCUUGUGGGUUAAAAAAAUCCACAAAAACUUCAAUGUGUACUGUUUGAUGUGCUUGGAAAUGGUGCAAAAAAUAUACACACUUUCUUUUGUUGUAAAUGACAACUGUAGGGAAAGGAUUUCUGAACAUAAACACAGUUUUACAGUUCUUAUGUUAAAUACCAACUGACUAGUAUGUUUUUUAUUUGCUUACUGCUUGAGAUUCUUUGGUUUUAUUAUUUAAAAAAAUUUCCUCCAAAUAGCCCUAAAAUUAAUAUUUCUUUUUAAGUAUUUGAACAAUGCAUGCUACUUUUCUGUUCCAAAAAGGAACAUUGCCACAUUAUAGAUAAUAGGUUAGCUUACUGGGUUAUUUUGGGGUUGUUUUGUUUUGUUGUUUUCUUUUGUCCUUCCAGAAAUGAUCACACCUGUAUGAUAUUAUCAGAAUUUACAAUGUUGUUUUGAGCUGUACUGCAGUGUGUCUGUUCAGCUGCAAAUAGUACAGGUGCCAUUAUGAAAAUAAAUUUUUCUUAUUUGUUUAAAAAAAUAUGGGAGCACAAGCAGAAGCUUUAGUGCCUUCUUAUAAUGUGGUAUUUUCUAGAAAUGUAUAUGUGCUAUUACUCAUUUUCAGCUAAAUCUUACAUGAGCUCUAUUGCUAUUUUGCCACCACCAUGCUGUAGACAAGAAUGCAAGUGAUUUGUCAGAACGGUUGUUUGAUUCACUUGUUAAAAUACUAAAGCUCCAUUUUUACUUUUAUUUUUUAUUAGAAGAGAUUUAUAGAUGAAAGCAAAGAUGCAAUUUGGGGACCACCACUGUACAAAAGUAGUAGCUGAAUACAAAGCAUUUUCUGAUCACCUGCAUCAAAGACAGCCCUUUAGACCUUUAAUCUACAUUUGGAUGGCCUUAAGUGUUACCUCUCCAUCAUCUUCUCUGAUACCUGUUGGGUGAUAUAAAAGGAAUUGUAUGCAAAGAAGGGGGGAUAAAUAAUUUGGGGACAAAAGUUCUAAUUUACACAGGAGAUAGAUGGUAGAGAUUCUUUUUUCAUUCUUUGGGGAGAAAGCAUGUAAGAAGAGAAUGACAAAGCAAAUAUUUUUGUCAAGAUAAAACAAGGCUUGUGUUCUCUGAAAUAAUUUAAUUGGUUACAUGAGAUUUCUUAAGUGUCAUACCUUUAAAACUUACUUAUACCUAAAAUCGAGUAGAUUAUUUUUUAAUACAACUUUAAUACAAUCAAAUGACUUAAUUGCCUUACCUCAUGGGAAGAGUUAUUUCUUUCAGUUAAAAAAAAAUAUUAAUAGCAUAUUAGCUAUUUGCUCAGUUUGUUUUUCUUUUCCUUUGCAUAGUUAAUUCUUCCGGGGGAAAAAAAAGAAAGCAUAUUACAGGGAAUGAAAAAUUUGCCCAAUUCCUAAGGUAAUGAAACCCAGUUUGAUUGUGAAGCUGCUUAAUCACUCUUCAUUUCCGAUAGGGUUUAAUGUUCUUGCCACUGUGUACAUUUAAGACUAUAGAAAAUGCUUUACCAUGUAAAGUAUAGACAGUCAUUUUUGUGAUGUUUAAGCCACAUGCUGUUGGCUGGUAAACAGCUUAUUCUGAUAAAAGAAUGACAAGUCUGUAUGCUUACAGGAAGACUGUGAAGGAUCGUGUCUUGCAACAACAGCUGUCUUAUUUAUGAUGUGUAAGUAGCAUAGAGCAAAGAGAUUGUUUGUAUACUUGUUAUCUUUGGUACCAUUUCACUAAUAAAAUUAAGUAUUUUAGAGGGAAGUUUCUGCUCA